UUCUCUUAUACUCCCUGGUUCUGUUUAUGCGAUUGCGAAUAUAUUUUGAAUUGACUAGAUAUAAAUUACCUUUCUCAAAUACUUGUAAAAUGGACAAUUACUUAUUACAGCUUCGAAGAGCAUGGUCAACACGAGAUGGGCCGUACUUAGCUGAUCUACUUUCUAUUAGACGGAAUAUACAUUGGCAUGCUACUUCAGAGAAUGUCGUGAGAGAAGCUUUAGAUGGACUGCCAAUGCCUUUUGAUGAUUUGGUUUUGUGUCAUUUGAAGACUCUGUCGUCUUUGAAUAAAGAUGACAUUUCAAUUACUUAUACUUGUCAAAAUUCGAGUGUACAAAUGUUGAUAAAGAUAUUGCAAAAUCAAAAGGAUGAAAAUUGGAUGUUACCAGUGAUGAAUUUGAUGUGCUUAGAACUGAGAUUAUUAGCUAUAAGAGCGGAGCAGGCCAAGAAAAGCAAAAAUUUGAAACCGGGAGAAACGUUAGAAAAAUGUGCAGAAUGUUUAAUGAGUUGUUUUAGAAUAUGUGCAGCAGAUAAUCGUAGUUCCGAAGAUGACACUAAACGUUGGGGAAUGCUUUCACUUGUAAAUCAACUUCUCAAAGUUUAUUUUAGGAUAAACAAACUACAUCUUUGUAAGCCAUUGAUAAGAGCUAUAGAAUCAUCAAUCUACAAAGAUCAUUUCUCUUUAGCCCAACAAAUAACUUAUAAAUUUUUCGUAGGUCGAAAAGCUAUGUUCGAUAGUGACUAUAAAACUGCUGACGAAUACUUAACCUACGCCUUCCAACAUUGCCAUAAAGGAUCUAUGCAGAAUAAACGUCUUAUACUAUUAUAUCUUGUUCCUGUCAAGAUGCUACUUGGGAUUCUUCCAAAAUACCAUUUAUUAAAAAAAUAUAAUUUACUGGAAUUCUCGGAUUUAAUUGACGCUGUUAGAAAAGGAAAUAUACAGAGUUUAGAAUCAGUUAUGAGUUAUCAAGAAGGAUUUCUUAUCAACGCCGGAAUAUAUUUGAUUGUUGAAAAACUAAAAUUAAUUGCAUACAGAAAUUUAUUUAAAAAAGUUUAUUUAGUUCUUAAAACUCAUCAAAUAGAUAUGGAAUGUCUUCUAGGUGCAUUAAAAAUAUACGGACGAAAUGAUUUAGAUAUAGACGAAACAGAAUGCAUAGUUGCAAAUCUGAUUUUCGAUGGAAAAAUCAAAGGUUAUAUUUCACAUCAACAUAAAAAAUUAGUAAUUUCUAAACAAAAUCCCUUUCCAAAAUUGUCAUCUUUGGUUUAAUUAUCGAAAAAAAUUUAUAAUAAAAGUAUAACAUUUAAAAUACUAACUAUUUUUUAAGUUUUGAAAAUAUAUUUACCAGGAAAAAUAUAUUAUUCUGUAAGAAAUAUAUAACUAAAAAUGUUGUCUUCUUGUAUAUUAUCAAUUGAGUAUUCU